ACACGGCUUUCGAAAUUCAAAUUUAGGUUUACAAGAAGUGUGAUGCAAAAAACAAUAUUUGUGACAUAAAUACAGUGAUUUUAUUGAUAGUGAAUGAUUGUCAAGUAUGGAUGGACCUAAAAUUUCUGGGCCCUACAGGGCAACGAAAUUGUGGAGUGAAAUGGUUCACAUAUUUUGUACUGGUGUUCCACUUAAAAAACAUAGGCGCCACAUAAAAGUAUAUGAAAAUUGCUUCACUGCUUCAGAAGCUGUGUCUUGGUUUCAUAAAGUAUUACAGAGGAACCAAAAUUUUGAUCCAACCAUUACAAAAGAACAAACCAUUCAGUUACUUAACAAGUUCUUACAUGCUGGAGUCUUUCAAAAGAUGAAUGCAACCUAUCCAUCAGAGAGUUGUUUCAAGGAAAAUGGAGAUAUAUAUCAACUCUGCAAAAAUAUCCCUCCAUUUGUGGAAAAUUCUUCUCUGCCAGUCUCUUCGAAGUCUUACCAUGUUGCGUCAAGACUGAUUAACUAUAAAGAUGCAAUAACUGGCAAACCACAAAGUGAUUCUUGCCACUAUAUUGUGGAGAAACCAGGAGAACAAUAUAGUCUUAGUGGUAGACGGGAGAUUUUAUUGCAACAGACUUGCCAUGCUCAAAGCAAUGGGUUUAUAACACGUAAUGGAUCUGCUUUUAAUACAAGGGAUGAAAAGAAGUUUUCACAGGUUCCACAUUCUAAAAUUGGGCUACACACUGUAUACAGCAAUAGAAACAAUACGAUAUCCAGCACCCAAAGGUUAGGUCAGUACAUCUGCCAAAAUGAAAGCAAAAACUUGUACUCUCUAGGUUCUUCAGCAACUGAACAAGUGUGCAGUGUAACAGGAAAAUCAACACACAAUCAAUAUUUAAAACAAACAGUUGAGCCCCAGAGGCAGAAUUCAUAUCGACAGUCUAGAAAGCACACUUCUUCUGGUGACAGCAGUAUUCGGAAUCCAAAUGGCAUACAGCACAUGCAAAAUGUGGCUGGAAAUGAUGUGUGUGGUUUAGAACCUGACCAUAACAAGAGAAAUUUGCAGAAUUUAUAUGCCACUGAUUGCUUGUUGGGCCCUCAGAAUAUGCAGUCACACUACGACAGUGACUACUGUGAUCUUAAGGGUAAAAAUUUCAUUUACUCAGAUCCUUACAAUAAAGACGAACCUCCUAAUAAAUGUUAUAAAGGAAAUUUGGUGCAUUCUAAUGAUAAUACUGCCCAGAAAGAUUCUUCAAAUGAUUGCAAUUUGAAGAUAUAUUCUCAGUCGGAUGGCUCAGUUGCCUUUGAUCACAAUGGACAGAAAUUGUGUCAAGAUGACAUGCCAGCUAUAAAGAAUAUGGUUAGAAGGACUUUGGGGGAAUCACAGAAUACAAGAAGUUUUGAUUCUGUGGGUCAUCUGAGCAGGCAUUCCUGUCUUAGUUCGCAGGAUACCAAUAAAGUUAAAAGUCAGAAUGAGAAGUAUUCUGAACACUCACAUGCAUAUCGAGGUACCCACCAUCUGAAACUUAAUGGUAGUACUAGGAGAACAACACAAGGUCAGUCAUUCCAAAAACAUCAGUACUUCACAGAGAGUACAACUGCAGAACCCAGAAACUCUGCUUCUGAAGGAAUACAGUCACUACCAUCAAACCAGGAAUCCAGGUUUUAUUUUGGUGAGCCUGACAACAGAGUGCUGCCAACUACACGUAGAAGUUAUGCUGUAUUAACUACUGAUGAAAGCAGUGAAGCUGACCGUACUUCACAGGCCUCUAUUCCACCAGACAUUUACACGAAACAGAACGGCAGCACUCAGUAUAUCUGGAAGGAUCUGCUUUUUGAAAGGCUCCAGGAACUUCUUUCAGAAGUACCAGUUGCUGAGUUCUUUCCAAGCUGUGUACCAUAUGAAUGGGUAUUGCAAAAUGUCACACAAGAUGAACUUCCCAAUCCACAGUUGCCACAUCAUAUACUCUCAGCUAUUAAUAGCCUUCUUCAUUGGCCUUCGGGAUUCACAAGUGAUGCUUUGUCUGAUGUAAGGAAUUAUUUCUGUAAUUGGACUGAGCCUCUGACGACAUUUGCAAUGUAUGAAAUUAUCACACAAGCAUAUUUGUUUGUGGAAUCAAUGAAUCAUUCUUUACAAUAUCAGUGUCAAGAUACUGGAGACAACUUAAAAGUUCAGCCAGUGCACAAAAUUUCAGCAACAGGAAGCCCUGCAAGAGAAUUACAAAAAACGUCUAAUAAAAUUUCUGAUGCCAAGUUUCAGCAAAUUAUAAGCUCAAAGAAACUACUUAAUACUGUGUUACCACCAAACCUGUGUUUUGAAACUGCAUUUACAUCAGACAGCCCAGUUACGAGAAUUGUUCCUCAAAGGACAAUGGAUACAAUACAUUUUUCUCUUAAGGGAGUAAAGUCGUGCAAUAUUGAUUCAGCUGUUUCACAGAAGACUGAGAAUUUCCAAAGGCUAUACAACCCAUCAAACACAUUGACAGUUAGUUCACUCAGAGUUCCUGAAACAGUAACUGUUAACUUAAAAAGAAAUGCUAGUGCUCCUAAUUUGUUGGAAGUCACUCAGAAAAUGUGUACGAAACCACUUGCAAAACAUUCGAAAAGCAUGAGAGAGACACACAAAGCAACUGCAGUUGGCACACAAAGAUUAAUUACAAGACCAAAACCUGGGAAAUGUGGCUGGUACAGAAAUAGAAAACUUUCCAAAGAACCGAACAUUAACCACCUUCGAAGCAAAUCUGGUGGCUACUUCAAUCCAGCUUUGUCACAAUCAGUAGAUGAUGUGGAGGGACAAGAUCUUGGAUCCAUUCAGUUGGAUUAUGAAGCAGCCCUUGAAACUCUGAGCAAGCUUAUGGAUUGCAGUCGUGAUCCAGGAUCUAACAACACUGCAAAUAAAAGCAGAGCAUCGCUUGAUAGUACUGGAAGUGAAAGCAGUUCAUAUUAUACAGCAACAAGUUCUGCAGAUAGCUCCAGAGGAAGUAGCCAGAGUAUUCCUGAAACAGUAGAAGGGCACAGGUUUGACUCUGUUUUAUGGGUGCAUACAUCGGAAAGACUUCUUAUAGAAAUUCUACAGAUACUAUUAUUGUUUGUGCCGCCACACAAUCGUACAAGAUUGAAAUUGUUGUUGAGUUUUAUGAAGCAACUGGCACUGUUAUCCAUUGCUGUGGAGGAGAACUGUCAGUCUACUAUAUGGGACUUGCCACAGGUUAUUUCAACUUUUUCUCCAUGUGUGAUAUCCAGUGACUGUGGAGAAAAUUUCAAUCGGCAAGUUGUGGAGAAAAUUGUGAACUUCAUGAUUACCCACCAAGACGAUUUACUAAAUUUGCCACCUACAGUCUGCACAUUAACUCAGAGACAUAAAGAGAGACAGCAGGUACUGCAGGAUACCAAUAAGGUAACUGAAGAGAAAGUUACAUUCUGUGAACAAGUUUCCUCACAACAAUUUGAACAACAGCGACUUACGAGUUCACAGAUUGCGCUUUCAGAACUUCUGGAACAAAUUUUGUCUGACCGCAAAAUGAAGAUUAAAGAAAGAAAGAAACGAUUGAAGAUGUUCAAGGAGUCAUAUCCUCAUAUCUAUAACAUGAGGUUUCCAGAGGACAAAAGCAGAGAUACUGUCAGUGCAGAAAAACAUCGAAGUAUUCUCCAUUUUCCGACAUUCGCUAGACUGAAAAGUAUAAGAGUGUGAAAUAAGUGAAAUGCCAGUCACUUAUUGCUCUUCAUCUGCAGUUCUUACUGAUUUGUGGUUGUUACUUUUACAAGCCUGACCUAAAGAAAAGACACAAUCUCUCUCUACCCUGCCCUCGUUUACCAUUCCCUCUCUUUUGUGUAAGACUGUUAGUCCUAAAACAAAGCAUGCAAAAAGACAUUAUUAUAAUGAACUUUUCUUUACAUGACUACUUUUGAAAUACAUGCCUUUCCAUCAGCUUUGUCACUGGCAUGUCAGCAUACAUAUUACAUGUUUGUCACUAUCACCAAUGCAUUACUUUUUGUUAAGCCUUUUAAUGAACACCAUAUAAAAUCUCAAAUUCUACAGUAAAUAAUAAGUAUGUAACAUAAUAGUAACUUUGUUACACUAUACACAGCACUACAGUACAUAAGGACCAAACACUGACUUUUUUAUACAUGCCCUGUGUGCUGUUUUCCUCUGUUUUCUUUAACAGAAUAGAUGUCAUCUCACUUUGCAGCUACCAAUAAUGAUCAAUCAGGCAAAGUAACUGAGUGAAGUACCACUGUGGGUAAGACACUAGAUCUGUGUUAGGGAAGAUAACAAUUCAGAUCUCCAUCUGUAUAUCCAUAUUUUGGUUUUCCGCAAUUUCCUUAAAUUGCUUAUUGUGAAUGCUAGGACAGUUCCCUUGAAAAGGCACAUACAGUUUCUUUCCCUGGCAUUGUCAGUCUGAUCUUGAGUCCCUGAUGUUGUCAGUCUGAUCUUGAGUUCCAUAUUUAUUGACCUUAUCAGUGAUUUCAUUUAAACCUCGAUCUUUCUUCUCUCAUUCCUUCCUUCUCUCCUUCGGGCAAAGUGUGUUUUAUGAACUACUUCUUGUUCAUCAGUUUUAGUCUGUCAGCACUGUUGUUUUAAUUUUAUUAAAAAAAACUAUUAGAUAUGAAAUCAAGAGUUGUGGUAAUAACAGGAAAAAUAUGUUGGCAGUUGCACAAUGGUCCCUGAAUAAAUGGGGAUUUAAAUCACAUACUAGUAGGUGUGAUAUAAUUAAAAUAGUAUUUCCAUAAUUGAGCUGCCUGUUCAGAAAAAGCGCGCGCAUGCGUAUGUGCGUGUGUGUAAGACAAUUCUUGUUUAAUUUUUAUUGACCGAUUGUGUAGCACUGUACCUAAUUUUGUGCCUGUUGGUUAGUCACAAAAAUAUUUGAUUGCAGUUGACACUAUUUAAUAUUAUAGUGUUGUGAUAAUUGAUGUGAAUAAUUUCAGUUACACGUUGUUGAAUAUUCUUUUAUUUUUAGAUAUGUCUUUCGAAACACUAAUUUGAACAUGUAAUGAAAUAAAUAGUUCUAGUGUUUGUAGCAUGCAGCUAUAUAAAGUCAUAUAUGACACUUUGGUGACUUGGGUCAUUUUACAAAUUGCUUACAAAGUUCUACAUAUUUUUUCAACAUUUACAUACCAGGCAGUAUAUAUUUCGAUGCCCAAUGUUCAUCACAGUACAAUCUAAAUAUAAAAUACACUCAUUAAGACACAGAUAUUUGGACACAUUGGGAAAUGUGAAAGUGUGAGCUUCUUUUGUUUAAUUAAGUUAGUGGAAUGUCAGGUAUUCUUAAUUUUUUAAAAGUACACAUAAAUGUAAAAUGUGCAUACUGCUGCUCUGGUGUUGAUUGUCUUCAGAUAAUUUUGUAUUCCACACCACAUAUGAAAUAAAAAUGCAGUCUGUCACCAGAGGACCAAAUUUAUUUUGUGUACAACAUUUAAAUAUAAGUAUAGCUGCAGAUAAUGUGCCAAAUAUUAAUUUAGUGUUUGUUCAUUUCAUGUGAAUAGCUUUACUUACUCCAUUCACUCAGUACUAUUAGACAUUUUAAAAUUAUGUGUAUUAGAUUGUUAAGUUUUUUAUUAGUUAUAAUAUUAGUUUUAUCCCAAGUGGAUGGCAGUACAUAAAGACAGUUACUUGUACUUAAUUGUUGUCUCUUUGUGAAAUAUAUAUGUAUUUUUAGUCUUUUGUACUACACAUUUAUAAGUCUGCUUGUUGUUAUGCUAUUAGACAUUUUGCAUCGUAUUAUUUAUAUUUGUUCAAAUAUCAGUUGAAUAUUUCAUUCAUUUUAUCAUAUGAAGAAUUUUAUGUACUUCAGAGGUAUUUACUUACUCAAUAAGCAAUAAAGGAGAACAGUAUCCUGAAGAUCAUUUUACAUUGCAAUAUAUAUUUUAAUCUAGAUUGUUUUGAUGUAGUAAAAUAUAAAUAUAAGACCCUAGGUAAAUCCAUUCACUGGAGUAUUGAAAUAUAACUGUUUUACUAUACAGGGAUAGUUCAUAACAGUGCAUUGAGAGAUGAAAUAUACUUAAUUGCAUGUGGAAUGAGGAAAUAAAUUUGGUGAUGUACAUUAACGAGAAAGCGUGAGUCAAGUAUUGUUGCAGUUUAAUACAGUGUCAAAAAACAGGGAAAGGAGAGACAGUGGAAAUGAAGCCACUCGGGUCUAAAUUGAGGAUGAAAUCGAAGCGUGUAAGAGAUAUACUAACCAGGAUAUAUAAGUUUCAGCUGUGACGGCUAAUGUGUCAUGAUGCAUGCUCUGUAAUGAAAGGCAAAUUGAGCUUACCGAAUAAGAACAGAAUUUCUUAAAACUCUUAAUAUCCCUGGUUUGUCUUCAGAAAUUUAAAUGUCUGUGUGUGGUAUCACAUAGUUCUGUUUUUCAAUGACAGUUAAUGGAUGUUCAUUGCUGUCUUGGUUUAUGAAGUGGGUAUUGUGUUGAACACAGACUUUUCUUGCAGUAACCAUGAGAUUGCCAUUGUCUUAUUUUGUUGUGUGAAAUGUUAAUGUGCACAGGUGAAAGUAAAUAAAUGUGUUUCAUUUGAUUAAUCUUUUCCAAGAUAGUUUUAUGACUAUUAGAAUGAUGAAACAUGGAGAAUGAUAGGUCUAGAGAUGAAUUUUCUUCAGAGUUUAUAAGAUAACAUUCAUGUAAUUCACAUUCAUUGACAUUACACGCUAUUCAAAAUAAAUCAUAAACUUCACACCUCAAGCAAGAAUAGAAAAAUGUGCCACAGUGUUCUUGCUACUAUGAACUCCUGUGAUUAAAACAAAGAUCCAAGGGAGUAGCCAUUCUUACAGGAUGCAUAAAAAUAUGUCAGUGGUGAUGGUGACUGAUGGAAGGUUGUAGCAUGCAACAAAAUCCAAUAUUUACAAUAUCCGUAGCAUUCCUAAGGUACAUGUGCUCCCCAUGUGGCUGUGAUAUGGCUGAUUCCUGAUUUGACAAAUUCAGGUUUUCUAUGCUGGAGUCUAGUGACAUCAUUUCUGUGGCACUUUAAGUUCUGUAUAUACUUCAUCAUCGCCGUUAAGUGUGGCACUUGUACCUUAUUAUGCUCGAUAGGUUUUAUUGGAAUCUGAAUGAAUCCUUCAAACUCUUCAUGUAAAAAUAGUUAUGGGUUGCAGGGAGUACUGAUGAAAAGAUCAUUUCAACUAAUCAUCAUAAAAUGUACUACACCCAGAAGGACAGUGCAGUUUGCAGCCAUUUUGGCAGGUAGAUAAAUGGUACCAUACCUACAAAAUCAUUACACUUUCAGCCUUGAAGGACCUACAUUUAUUGUGCCGCACAAUCACAAAAUUUACACAUUAGCAUACUGUGGGGGCAUCAUGGUUUUUGAAUACAAGUGUCCAAACAUCACAAUAUGGAGUUGCACAGGUCUUUGAUGUAGUCCUGUAAUACUUCAUCUCAUGCUGCUUGCACCUGAGUGUGCAGUUCCCACUGACUGGUGGGUGAGGAUGGAAACCUAAUGACACACUCCAUGGCACCCCACAUAUUCUUGAUCUGGGAGAACUUGGGUGAUGCAGAAGGGCACGGCAGAGUAUCCAUAGCUGCAAGACAUGCUCAGGAAGCAACAACGAUAUGAGAAUGAAUGUUGUGAUAUUGAAAUAAGGCAUGUGUGUGGGCAGUCACAAGUGGCAGAGCCACUUGUUGCAUUACCUCCUCCAUAUGCCAUGUGGCCACUGUGGAACCCCUUAGGUACACUGACAUUCAAUGUGCACCAUAAGAUAUUGGUCCCCACACCAGGCUGGGCAGGUGUAUGAUGGGAAAGCAUAAAUCACUCCUUGUGGACAUAGACUCUGUCAUCGUCGCCUCAAAGGCAGAAGUGAGACUCAUGAUAAAGAUGACUUGCUGCCAGUCUGCAGAGCCCCAUGUCCACCAUUGCAGACACCAGGUGAGUCAGACACUAUGUUGCACGUGUGUGUGGGGCAGGCAUUGUAACAGUUAGCAUGCAGCAAGCCCUACGUCACGUAACUGCUUGCCAGUGGUACUAACAUUUACGGGAUGUUGCAUAGAGCACAGGACAUCCCAUUGAGUGGUGCCUGUCAUUGACAUUGGACCUGUUCAUGUGUGGCAGACAGCCCAUCUGUUCUCCCUUCUUGAGGAGCGUGUUGGAUGCCCAGAUCCUACAGGUCGUGCAUACUUCCUUUCCUGUAUCCAUUGCCACCAACUGGGAAUGGUGGUGUUCCUGUGACUGGCGUGAUGCACAAUAUGAUGACAGGAACACUCCGCAUCUUGCAGCCCCACAAUACAGACCCUCUCAAACUCGUAUAGCUGUGGACCACGCUGCCACAUGUGUUGCCUGGGCAUAGUGCACGUUCUGGUGGUGCCAUAGUGAUACUGCCAGCUGUUACACUGGCUGGAAUGGCCAUUUGGGGCCUCUUAUGUCAACCAAUCAGCAUAACAUGGUCCCAAUCGUACUACCUGAGUGUAUAGCUGACCAUGCAGAAGCAAUCAUUGGUACAGGCACAGUUGAUGGUGUGCAACAUACCCACCCAGUUUGGAGUGGAUCAUUCAGGUCCUUCUGGAUGCAGCUCAUUUUGUGACAAUCUGGUGCAUGUGGCAUGUGUUCUUUAAAAUGUGUACUAAAAAUAAAUUUUAAUGUAUUGCAGAUCAUAAUAAGUGUGUGAAAUUUUGUUGUUUAUCAGAAGGGAAGAGUGUGGCUUUGAAUAGUUAUUCCACCUACGUAUACAGGAAUCUAUAGAACAAUCUACUCUUUCUCACAGAUCUGUUGAAUGCCUUUGUAAUGUGACGAUAAUGUAGACUAUUUCACAAUCUAGUGACUGCAAUGCUGGCCUGAAAGGUUACUAUGAGGACUUGAUGGUAGUUGAGAACUGAAAAUGUAUUAAAUUUUAGCUAAUUUAUUUUAUCUUCCAGAGACCUAAUGUGUUUAAAAGCAUCAAAACUGUAAAAUGAAUACAAACUUUUGCAAAUUGUAAAUAGUAAAACUGUAGCAUUUAUUGUUAUUUCCAUUUCAUCCAGUUUUAUUUAUAUUUUUAAGCCGACUAUUUGUGGG